CGGAGUAUCUACAGGUGGAAUUACGUAUCUAGAGCGCGCUCUGUGUGUGGGGCGGAGAAUUUGCUUGUCGCGCCUGCUUGUUGUGGCUUCGUGUCAACAUUGUUCAGGGCCGCCUCCCCUAGGUGCGAUUACUAUGCUCCGUACCAACAGUGGAAUUCACUGGUUUACCUAAAUCGCAUAGCAAUUGAUUAUAGGAGAUUCUUAAACUGUUAUCAAACAAUCUUCAUUUCGUUCAUUAUAUAUUUGGUAUCUCCAAUCAAUCUAGACCUACUCCGCUUGAAUUCAUAAACCAUGAAUAUCUUCAGGCUUUUGGCUGAUUUCUCGCACCUCGCGUCCAUCUUUAUUCUUCUACAUAAAAUGAAGUCGUCUAGCAGCUGUUCUGGGCUGUCAUUCAAAUCACAGGCUUUAUAUUUGAUGGUUUUUGUGACUCGCUAUCUUGAUCUCUUCUGGGCCUUUUCCGAUUCCCUAUACAACACGACUUUCAAGAUAUUGUUCAUUGGCUCAUCAGCUUAUAUCAUCUAUCUUAUGCUUAAUGACUAUAAACCCACACAUGAUCCGAAUAUCGAUACAUUCAAAGUCCAAUACCUCCUCGGGGCCGGUACUUUGCUAGCUCUUCUCUUCCCACAUGACUAUAGUGUCUCCGAAAUUCUCUGGACGUUCUCGAUUUGGCUUGAAUCUGUUGCCAUCCUCCCUCAGCUCUUCAUGCUUCAACGUACUGGCGAGGCGGACACCAUAACAACGCACUACCUCUUUGCAUUGGGUCUAUACCGCGCCCUCUACAUACCCAACUGGAUCUAUCGCUACUUCGCGGAAAGCUACUUUCAGCCCGUCCCUGUUGUAGCAGGCAUCGUCCAAACACUCCUAUACUCGGAUUUCUUCUAUAUCUAUUAUACCAAGGUCAUGAAAGGAAAGAAGUUCUCACUUCCUGUCUGACCGUUGGUGUUAGACGGAGUUAUCCAUUUACAGGUGGGCUUGGAAGCAGUGAUCAAGGU